AUCCUGCACGUUUGCACAACAAUACGAGCAGACUGUUACAGCUCUCACUUCCAAGGAGAUCACCAGAAGACGAAACAGUCAACUAUCCAGGCCUGACGAAGGAAGGCAGGAACAGACUCGUAGUCUCAAGUAGACGAACAGAGGAGAAGAUGGGAAAUGUUUAUGGCGACAUCAAGAAGGUCGAAACUUCUGGUGCCUCAAAGAAAACGGCUCAGCAGGACAACCUCAGCUACAAAGGUGAGCGGGCAUCUCACACCAUGGCAAAGACUGAUGCAGACAGAAUGAAAGAGUACAUCGAUGAUAUCAACAGAGUGGCAAAAAAACAUGAAAUCGAUCCAGCUCUCAUUUCUGCCAUCAUCUCCAGAGAGUCCAGGGCUGGAGCCACACUAAAGGAUGGCUGGGGAGACUAUGACUCAGGCAGAAGAGCGUAUAACGCCUGGGGACUGAUGCAGGUUGAUGUUAAUCCAAAAGGAGGUGGACACGAAGAAGUUGGUGAAUGGGACAGUGAGGAACACCUCGACCAAGCCACCGGAAUCUUGGUUCAUUUUAUCAAGCGUAUCCGCAACAAAUUUCCUAACUGGAGCACAGAGCAGCAGCUGAAAGGAGGGAUAGCAGCCUACAACAUGGGGGAUGGAAAUGUUCACUCCUAUGAUGACGUGGAUGAAAACACAACUGGUGGAGACUACUCCAAUGAUGUUGUUGCCAGAGCUCAGUGGUACAAAAGCCAAGAAUGGAGAUGUUCAAUCCUAUGAAAACACAACUGGUGGAGACUACUGCAAUGAUGUUGUUGCCAGAGCUCAGUGGUAUAAACGCAGUAACAACUUUAAAAACCUGCAGCUGUCCACAAGCUCCUAAAAAUCAUAUAUGAAACAUUGUAAUGUUUAUCAAAACUUAAGCUAAAUAUUUUCCAACAAGUAUAACUCAUCAGAAGCCUCCAUAACUGUUGUAUAAAUAAUAAUCAAUGCCUGUGUUGCAAGGUGAGGUGCAGGGUAGCGUCAAACGUGACAAAAAGAAAACAUUACUUUGGCAGAGAGGUUCACUUGGAAAAUAAGGAUUUUUAUUUUCCAGCCAUCCAAAAAAACAACAUCUUUCUUUCUCUGUCCUAUCUGUUACUGGUGUUGCUCUUUCUCCCACCCCCCCUAACAAAGGAAAAACCACACACACAUAUAGCCAUAGAGCCCGUCUUCUCAGUUCAAACUGGCCAAUCAGGUCGGCACUCCAGAACAGAGUUUAGAAAAAUAUGCAUUAUUUAAAUCUCAUCUUAAACAUCACAAGGCCUCAGUACAUUCUGCAACAUGUUAACACAAAUACUGCACCCUCAAAACUACCAAUACAUCCUUCAGUAUUUUAACCUAUUAAUUGGCUCCUACACAGGUUAUGGCUUUCCUGACAGCUUGUCUAUUAAUGUUUACACUUGUUUCACAUGCAACAGAUGAUACCUUGUCUUGGUCAAUUGAAAUUAGAACCAUAAAUGAAAUAAAGAACUGAAAAACUGUCUACCUUACUGAACAGAAAGGCUAAGAAAAUUGUCAGUGAGGGAUUUAGUGCUUCAUCACAGCCUGAUAACAUUCAUUAAGCAUAUCAUUGUAGUUUUUGAAUACGUUUAGAAAUCAUUUUAUUCUGUACUUGUAAGCUAUCUGAACAGUAAAUAAAUGCUUUACAAAACACUGAA